GCAGCGAAAGCACUCACAGGCAGUAGGUAACAACGUGAAAGGAAGAAAAAUUCGGUGCUACCGUGGAAAGAACUUUCCAUCUUCGGCGCAAAAGUGAAUUUUCAGUGAAAAGCUCAAGUGUUAAACCACCCGCGGAGUGGUAAAUCAAUCGUUUUCGGCACAAACGGGUGGCUAUCUAUGCGAGUUUACUAAUUACGCGUUUGAAAAGGCUGGCCCAAAGUAGGAGUGAAAAAGUGGUUCUUGACUAUACCAUCAUCCACCAGUGGUGAAGAGUGGUUAAUCAUCCAUCACGCACAUACACCAACACACAAGAACAUAUUUCAGUAGGCGAAGCAUUCGAGUAAAUUGGAGGAAAAAUGGCGUCGAUAGAUUCUCAAAUGAAAAACCGAAUGCAAGGUUUUAAAAACAAAGGAAAAGACCAAGAGGAAAUGCGACGUCGCCGGAAUGAGGUGACAGUCGAGUUGCGUAAAAAUAAACGUGAAGAAACGAUCCUCAAGCGCCGUAAUGUACCACAAACAACAACCGAAUCGACAGACGAGGAUGAUUACACAUCGCCAUCAAACCUGAAGAAGCUGGUCGAAAAGGCAGGCAAUAGCGCCGACAAGGACGAACAGCUGGCAGCAGUGCAAUCGGCUCGUCGUUUGCUGUCCUCAGAUCGAAACCCGCCGAUCGAUGCACUGAUACAGAGUGGAAUAUUACCCAUCCUGGUCGGUUGUCUCGAACGGGAUGAUAAUCAACUGCUACAGUUCGAAGCCGCUUGGGCUUUGACAAAUAUCGCAUCAGGAACAUCGGCACAGACCAACCAGGUGGUUCGCGCUAAUGCCGUACCACUUUUCCUGCGUUUACUUGGUUCUCCUGCUCCUAAUGUUUGCGAGCAAGCUGUCUGGGCACUGGGUAACAUCAUCGGUGACGGCCCCUGUCUACGGGAUUACGUUAUCAACUUAGGCGUAGUUCAACCGCUCUUGUCAUUCAUUAAGCCCGAGAUCCCAAUACCGUUUUUACGAAAUGUCACCUGGGUCAUUGUUAAUCUGUGUCGUAAUAAGGAUCCCCCUCCGCCAGUCGACACAAUUCUCGAGAUUUUGCCAGCUUUGAAUAUGCUAAUUCAUCAUACCGACAUCAACAUCCUCGUGGAUACCGUAUGGGCCCUCAGCUAUUUGACCGACGGAGGCAACGAACAAAUCCAGCUCGUAAUAGACAGUGGUGUAGUACCGAAAUUGAUCCCUCUCUUAUCGCAUGUUGAAGUCAAAGUACAGACGGCGGCUUUGCGGGCCGUUGGCAACAUUGUCACCGGUUCAGAUGAUCAGACACAGGUCGUAUUGAAUUGUGAUGCUCUGUCCCAUUUCCCUGCACUGUUGAGCCAUGCGAAGGACAAGAUUCGCAAGGAGGCAGUUUGGUUUUUGUCCAACAUUACGGCUGGCAAUCAGACACAGGUGCAAGCAGUGAUCGAUGCCGGUCUGUUGCCGAAGAUCAUCGAAAACCUCGGCAAGGGCGAAUUCCAAACACAAAAGGAAGCCGCGUGGGCGAUUAGUAAUCUGACGAUAAGCGGAAACCGGGAACAAGUAGCACAGUUGAUCAAGGACGGUGCCAUACCACCAUUCUGUAAUCUGCUUAUUUGCAAGGAUACUCAAGUGAUCAACGUUAUCUUGGACGGUAUCAAUAACAUGCUGAAGCUGGCCGGUCCCCAUACGGAGGAAAUUGCCAAUAUGAUCGAGGAAUGUGACGGCGUCUCGAAAAUUGAAAUUCUGCAAAAUCACGAAAACAUUGAAAUCUACAAACUGGCGUAUGAUAUUAUCGAGCAGUUCUUCUCAGAUGAGACCGAGGAAGCUGUUCUGGACGAAUUGAGACCGGGAGUCGAUGAGAAUGCGUUCCAGUUUAAUCAGAAUCCGAACGUACCCAGGGAUGGGUUCAACUUUUAAAACAGAUACGGUAUCAGCCUGACAGAGACAAACGCAGGUAGCAGCUGAUUGGUCUAAAAAGAACUAAAAAACAACCGAAACACUAGACUUCUAUAUCUUCCUCUAAAAUACUGCACACCCUGCUUAGGUUUUGUAACUUGACAAGCCACCAAGUCACCAGCUCUUGUUCUUUUUUCUCAAACUGCACCAUUCGAAACAGCUCAGUUAAUCUGAUCAGUUGCUUUUGAAGUCAGACAAAUAGAUAUGCAUCAGAAACCGAAGCAGAGCAGAAGAUAUAUUAACAUAACAGACAUAAACACACACGGAACGCUAAGCCAGUUGGUGAGCAAGCAAGUAAGCUAGUUAUCUUAGGAUUCACUUCAAAUCUAAUUGAAAGAAGCAAGUUAAUAAUAUCUAUUUAUUAUAAAAAAUCACAGACAGAAAAUCUUCAACAAAAACACUCAGUGCUGAGAGGACAGUUUAGUAUUAACUGACGACAAAACAGCAAUACCAUCAUCAGUCAAAUAAACACACACACACACUCACCUACACACACAGCCCAUUUGAAGACGCUUAUACACACAAUAAUGCAUACACACAAACAACACGUGACCGUUGGAAGAAUUUCGAACUUUUUUUUUAUUGUAAAAAAAAGUAAAGCAAGUAGGCGGAUUUAAAGUUCCUUCCCUUCUUCUAAUCAAAGAAUAGGGCGUUCCUUGUAAGAAGAUUUUUAUGUCUAUUUUUUAGAAACCGAUUGUUAGUGUUCAUUUUUAGAAACACUUUAAUCCCAUCUACGUCACGCGUCAUGCUUGUGGGAGAAGUCGAACCGAAGACGUUCAUUUGUUCUUAUAUCCAUUGUUCCCGCUGUUUAGGAAGAAGGGAAGGAGUGCUAACGAGAGAAACUUUCUCAAGAAAAAUCAAACAUGAUUUGAAACUCGAUCGCUAAUGUAAAGGAUGUUAAAAACGCGCAUUUUGCUGUUUUUUUAAUUGAGCAAAACGAGCAGACAGGCGUUGAGAAAUAUAGUCGAAUUAAAGCAUUAGGGAAAUGUUGCUUUUAAAAAAAUCAGGAUCCAUUCGUUGGAAAGGAGAACAUAUUUUUUCCAUGUAAAAAGGCAUAUUUUUUAUAUAAUUAUAAACAUUAAACGGAUCGAAAUAAACCAAUGGACUGUAAUUUAGCAAUUUGUGUUAACGCAACGGUUCCGAGCGGGAACGAGAUUGCAGAGAAAUUGUAAAGAUUAUCGCCAAAGAGAAGUAAAUUAUUACGAAAAAAAAACUUCUCAUUUUUCCGAGCCACCCAAGGCUUCUCUCCUUUUGAUUUAGUUUAAGCUUUAAUAGUAGAGAACCAGUAAGAAAUAAAGCAAACAACAAGCCGCCCCUGUUACGGUAGGGGUGCGGAUAUGAGAAUCGACAGUGUUUGAAAACGCGUCUUCUCGAAUGUUUAACCACAAAUCGCACACGCGACAAGUGAACAGAUAAGCUCUUAAUGUAAUUAAGCAGCAGCGCACUCGCAGAAUUUUUGUAAUUAUUUUCACAUUCACAUAACAAAAAAAACAAGCAACAAACAAACAAGCGAAUCAAACUUAGGUUGCCAGUCCCUUGCGCGGGUAGCAGCGGAUGUAUUAUCAAUUGUGGGGGAGAAAACGAAACUCACGCCACGUGAUAUGCGCGUGUUAUAGGAAUUUUAAACAAAUUUUGUUCUUGCGAUAGGCAAUUGAAAGUUGCUCUCAGCAGAACGCACUAUUUUUGGUAGAACAACCAAGAAUACAAAGUUAUUUAACGUAAACCGAAAGAGAAAGCAAAAAACUUAACACCGAGACAAAGAACUUAAACUAGAAAAUUAAAUUUUCGAGUUAUGGACUUGAAACUGAGAUGAUGAAAAUCGGGUAGGAAAAUGAAACGACAUUACCAUUUUUUAUGUAUUCAAGCCUAACAAAAAUUGGAAUAAACGAAGAAGAAGAAACAGAAGCAGAAGAAGAAACAGAAAAAACAACACAGACACAUACACACCAACUGAACAGCAGAGGAAAACAAACUAAAUUAGACUUAUUUUUGUCCUUUCUGGAAAUUUGGAACGAUAAUAAAACAACAGGCCGAUGAAUG